AUGCUGUCUCGUCUUUUUCCGGUUUUCCUGGUUUCGAUCGUCCUUGUCAACGCACAAGUUUCGGUAAGAUGGGUUCAAAAUUAAGAGUUCUUGAAAAAAAUUUCUGAUUUUUUUCUGAUUUCUGCGAAUGGCUUCAUUCAUUAUGUGUUAAAUUUUGAAAUAAAUUUUUCAAAAACGUUAUAUUUGAGGAAAAAAAGACAUUGAGAGGCUUCAGAAAAUUUUUCGCUAAUAGAUUCAAAGUACUUCCAUAACUUUAGAUACCACAAAAACCGGGGUUUUUUUUGAGAGCUCAAUAAAAUUUGAAUAUGGACUUCCAGAAACCACGAAUGAAUUUUUUAACAAACUGAACUGAAAAUUGAAGACUUUACUAUUUUUCGAUUUGUAUUUUCCAAGGUUAUUUUUCUGCUUUACUAGGAAAACCGUUAGGGGCUACUUCAGAGGUCACUCAUGGACUACUUGGAAAGGACACUAGAGAGGCCACUAGACUUUUACACGGACCAUUUUAAGAUGAUACUAAAGUGGCCACUUACAUUUUACGCUGUAAUUUCAUCUUUUCAGAUCAACGUUUCUACCGAAACAUACUUCACGGACCUGGAAGAAAACUCUUUCUGCUUCCACUACACUCGUAUUAAUGGAGGUGAGUCAUAAAACUUUCUAAUUUUCUAUAAAUUUUCAAAUUUUUCAAGUAGGAGAUCUAAUCCGUUUUCGAAGUGACUCCGCGAAAUUCAAAAAAAGACGUCAGAGAAUAAAAAAAUAUAACUAAACUUUGGAGAAUCAGAGAUAAAGAUGAGUUUUGAGACGAAUUUACUUCGAACGCGGCAUGUACUGUUCCGAAGAGUAAAAUUUCCAAAAAUCUAAUUCCAAGAAAUCCCAGAAAUACAGAGAUUCUUAAAAAAAUUGAACUGAGCUUAUGAAACAAUUUUUCAGUUUGUUCCGGCUUCCAAAAAAAGUGUGUGGCAGCGAUGAAACUCCUCUGACGGUGAGUUUUGAGUUUCUUGUAAGCCUAAUUCAAUUGAAAGUUUUUUCAGAAUUGAUUGUCUUCAAAAGAAAAGUUAUAAGAUUACAAGGAAGGUCAUUUACUUUGUCGUUACGCUGGAAAUACUCCUCGAUGAACCCGAUAAAGAUCUUGAGAGUCUCAACCUGUAUAACUUCCUAUUUUUUACAAAGAGACGUCGCGAAUUCAAAGAAAACCCUCAGAAACUAUCGAAAUAUGCCAAUUUAAGCCCUUAUUAGUCGAAAAGUAGGAAGCUAUGCAGGUUGAGACUUCUUAAAUUUUUUCUGGUGAAUCAAGAAGCCUUCUUGCCGAAAUGAAACGACCUCCUUGUAAAAAUAUAUAUCAUAUUAUUCAAUCAAGCCUAGUUCAAUCAAUUAAUUAACAAUCUCACUAGUUUCAAUGAAUCAUAUAGUUACCCUAUAAUCAUUUCUCAGGCUGAAAAGUUUAACUUCCCGAACAACUGCGCCAGCAACGAAGACUUUGAGACUUUCGCCAAUGCCGACUUCAAACAGCGUGUGGCUGCUAGCAGCAAAACAGGAUAA